UUAUUACUCGUGUGCAUGUCGGUUUCAGGCGAAGCCCCCGUGAUUGGGACCCAACCAGAGAAUGUGGACGUUGAGCGGGGUGGGAAUGCCACGCUCAGUGUGGUGGCAACCGGAGAGGGACUGAGCUACCAGUGGUUUGGUCCUGAUGGAGAGAUCAAAGGAGCCACCGCAUCCACUUUACGGAUUACCAAUGCUGGACCAGAUGACGCUGGCGACUAUAGAGUGCGAAUUACAACUGUCAAUGGAGGAAUUGUCGAUUCUGACACUGUCUCACUUUCCGUCGGUCCUGCAAUUGACGUACAGCCGAGCGAUGUGAAUGCUGCGGAAGCAGGUGGGACUGCCACAUUCACCGUGGAAGCCUCUGGUGAAGGACUGUUGAGCUACCAGUGGUUUGGUCCUGGCGGGGACGCUCUCACUGACGUUGACGGAGACAUCGAAGGAUCCAAUUCAUCCACCCUGCAAAUCAUCAAUGUUGAGUCUGGCGAUGCUGGAGACUACACAGUCGUUGUGACCAACAGUGCGGGAUCAGUCAUCUCUGAUGCUGCAACCCUGUCUAUCGGCGAAGCCCCCGUGAUUGGGACCCAACCAGAGAAUGUGGACGUUGAGCGGGGUGGGAAUGCCACGCUCAGUGUGGUGGCAACCGGAGAGGGACUGAGCUACCAGUGGUUUGGUCCUGAUGGAGAGAUCGAAGGAGCCACCGCAUCCACUUUACGGAUUACCAAUGCUGGACCAGAUGACGCUGGCGACUAUAGAGUGCGAAUUACAACUGUCAAUGGAGGAAUUGUCGAUUCUGACACUGUCUCACUUUCCGUCGGUCCUGCAAUUGACGUACAACCGAGCGAUGUGAAUGCAGAAGCGGGUGGAACUGCUACAUUCACCGUGGGAGCCUCUGGUGAAGGAUUGAGCUACCAGUGGUUUGGUCCUGAUGGAGAAUCUCUUUUCAACAGUGAUGGGGCGAUUGAAGGAGCCACCACGUCCACCUUACGAGUUAUUAACACCGGCCCUAAAGACGCUGGAGGCUAUAGAGUGCGAGUUACAUCACCCAGUGGAAGAAUUAUCGAUUCAGAUGUAGCCUCUCUCAAUUUUGUAGAGCCACUUUUACGACUCAAUUGUGAUAUCUCUGCUGACUUUUUCUCUGCUGAAUGUUCUUCUUCACUUGAUGGCAUCAUCUCUCUCGUCUAUUCCUGCUCCCUAAAUAAUCAACCUCCAACUAUUUGCGGUCCUGGUCCAAGGUUUCCCUUCCCAAUUGACAGACUAGAUCCUGGAUCCUUUUCGUACAGAAUCACUGCUAUGAGUCCUGGUGGGCAGGUCUCAUCAAGUGAUGUCUCUUUUGCUGUUCAAGCUCCUCCAGUCGACUGCGUGGAGAUUGCUGAUGCUGGUAGAUCCAAUGAAAUUAUUUUAAGCUGUGAUGGUUUUGUGCAAAGUUCUAACUGUACAUUUGAUGAUGGAAGCCCUGCAAUAGAGCCUUGUGAUAUAAAUUCCAUAACAAUUAACAUUUUCACUGACUCUCCUGGACCUCGUGUGUUGAUUAUCGAGUACACUGACGUAAAUGGACUUGUCGGGAUCUUUGAGUAUAACUUCACUGGCCGUGUUCGUCCACGAGCUGUGGUUGGUUUUAAAACCAGGGAUUUGCGCAUCUUAGCUGAAGGACAAUCCAUAUUCCUAAUGGUAGAUGGCAGAGGGUUCAGUUAUGGUUCUAUUCCUGUGGAAGUGACACCUCUGCCCUGCUCUGACUAUCCUGGAGAUCUCAGUGCUCUAUUCAGUGACAUUCCUACUGCUUCAAUUACUUUGGAUGAUUUGAUUGGAGCCAGUCCAAGAACGGUCUCACUCCCACCACUAGGCAGUGGUCAAAUAUCCAUUCUGUUCUCGUCUUCUAUUGAUAAUUUGGAUGAGGAAGAGGAGUGUUUGGUAUUCAUUCUGAGUGUGGACGAGACACAGCUGGACCCAAGAGACCAAGGACAAGUGGACAUAGACUCUGAUGUGGCGCUCGGGAGAUUACAAGAUGUUCAGUUCACAUGCACCCAAAAUCAGUCUGUUGCAAGUAUUCUUGUGGACUGUGACGGCAACUUUGUGUUUGAUGAGAUAACUUGUUUAUUUGAUGGAGCUACUCCUGAGCCAUGCAAUUUACCGUUGGUUGUCAACCAAUUGGAAUACUUACCUGGUCGUCACACACUGACUAUCGUGGUUAGGAGUGCAGGAAUUGAAAUAAUAACAGACAUAGACUUUGAUGGACAAACUGUGGAUUCUUUACCUCGUCUGAUUAUUGAAUUUGGUGUGCUUGGACAGACUGGCACACGAGUGCUUAAUAUACAAGAAACUGAUGAUUCACCUCAGGGUGCAGUGGUUAAUGUUCAAGGACCAAGCUUUAGGCCACUGCCUUACAGAAUAACAUAUCUUACGUAUGACGAGUUUGAGGCUCAGUCUCGUAACCGGAACCUAGACAAGAUCUUCCCCGCAAGACCCCGUGCAGCAAGUGCUGAUGACUUCAAUGCAACUGUAUCGCAAUCAGGCAUUAUUCCUGGCCACUUUGCACCCGCUAUCAUUGACGAUUCUAGUGCAGAACUGACAGAAGGAUUCAUAGCCUUACUCGACCUAGAGCGACAGUUGAUCGAUCCCCGUGACUACAAUAGGAUUCAAUUUCUGAAUGACAUCAUUCUAGUAACAAUUGAGGAUAAUGAUUCAAUUGAGUGUAGCAGUCGUGUGACUGAAAACGCUGCAAUAGUGUCGUGUAAAGGUAUCGAUGGUCAGCCUGACAAUGGAGAUAUAUUCUGUUCUUUGGACUUUUUACCCGCUGAACCUUGCACGUUCCCAUAUACAAUUCCCACGUCAGAAGUACCUACCGGAAGGCAUGAUGUCAUAAUUUUUAGAGUUGUGCAAGGACGACAGGAAAACAUUGGAGGAACGUCAUUUACAGUACAACAAUUGGAAGUGUAUUUCCAUGGUGACACCCCUGUUGUGAACGUUGACAGACUCCUUGCCCGAUUCCAAGCAAACAGACCAAAUGUCACAUUCGAAUGCCACUUGACUCACCUUGAUAUCUACAAGGAGGAUUGUUCCUCUGGGGUCUUUGAGAGGUCAGGUAUUCCUCAUGGUGACUACACACUCCGUGUGAUUGCUAGAGACCCUGCAAGACCACUAGAUGGCCGUACAAUUGUUCGAAACAGGAUAUGGGUGCAUGGUGAUAAUGUCUUCUGUGUGACUGGAAGUCAGAAUCGUGCCCUGACUAUCAAUGGUAACAAUGCCACAGUGGAAUUCUACAGCACUGGAGUGGUCACUGGCUAUAAAUGUGUUCUGGAUCACUCAGAAAUAAUUUACAACUGUGCGAGUCCAUACACCAUCCAAGGCCUAACCCAGGGACGGCACCACUUCAAGGUGAUACCUUUGGGCUGUGAACGUCAAUACAGAGCGAACACUAUGCAAUUUACGAUCAUCUGAGUAACCCUUUAAUUUAAUACCGGUACUAAUUAUAGUUAGAAUGACUAUGCUGUUAUAAUUGUAGCAAAGGAGACAAUAAAAAUUAUGCUGAGUAGCAACACAUAAUAAUUAUUUUUUUCCCUUAGCCUUAUAAUUUGUGACUUUGACUCAGAGACAUAAGUAUAUUAUGUAACUUUC